UCAGCCGGCAAAUUGUGUUACAUGCUUACCGUCUGACCGCGACUCCACAAGCGCCAGUCAAGUUACAAUGUAUCCACUGGGCAUGAGCCUGGGCCUCAAGUUUGCGUUAAGAGCCUCUAGUCUGGCAGCAUUUCCCCCUUCCGUAGCUAUCAGCGUUGCUUUACGUGCUCCCCAUGGCGGCCGGGUGAUUCCAUUCAGGCGUUCGUUGAGUACCUCGCAUGGGUCACAAUACUUUCCCCUGCAACGCUCGUAUCUGUAUGUACCCGCUGCGUCGGAUCGCCUGCUCGCAAAAUCCUUGUCUUUUGACAUACCUCCGGAUAUCGUCAUAUACGACUUGGAGGACAGCGUACCUCCCUCCGCGCAGGACAAGCACAAUGCCAGGCGGCGGUUGUGUCAUUUCCUCAACAGCAUUCCUCCAGAUAAAGUCCCGACUCCCAAACGCGUCGCGGUUAGAGUAAACGACGUAACCACUCCAUUCUUCGAGAGUGACAUAUCAGAAAUACUCAAAUCCCCAGCCGUGGGCACCCUAGUUCUGCCCAAGAUCCAUUCAACCGAGGAUCUUGACCAUGUUUCCCGCGCAAUACAUGAGCAUUCGACUUCCUCGUGCCCGCCUCGCAUUGUGGCGAGUAUCGAGAGUGCUCGUUCAGUCUGGAAUCUCAGAGAGAUUGUACAAUGGAAAUCUAAGUUUGGUGCGCAGAAGGGGGGACAGCUCGGGGCACUUCUGUUCGCAUCAGAAGAUUACUGUGCAGAUACGUCCGUUGUGCGGACCACGUCACGGCAGGAGCUUCUUUUCGUGCGUUCACAGAUCGUUAUUGCGGCCAAAGCUUCCGGACUCGAGGCCAUAGACAUGGUUUGUAUAGAUUACAAGGAUUCAGGGUACCUUCGUGAUGAAUGCGAGGAUGCACGACGAUUGGGGUUCACCGGAAAGCAAGUCAUUCACCCUGCACAGGUGGAGAUUGUGAAUGCUACAUUCUUGCCGACAGAGAAAGAGAUCCUGCGCGCUGCCAAAAUUAUCCAUCGAAUGGACGCAGCCUACGCGUCAGAAAAGGGAGCAUUUGGCCUUGAAGCGGAAGAUGGAGGAAAAGAAAUGAUCGAUGCGCCUAUGUUAAAGCAGGCCAAGAACACGAUACGACUCGCGCGAGCCGCGGGGCUAGAAAUCCCAAAGGUUUCGUGAUAGGCGUUCAUAAUGCAGGGCAUAGGAAGCACGUAUUCCCAAUGCACACUGCCCGUGUUUGAUUGGACUCGUACCACUGAAUACUUCCUCGUGGCUUAAGGGCUCAGGCCCGUAUUCUCCCGUUGCGGUAGGCUCCAUACUUGCUACAUAAUAGAACUUGUGAUAGAAAACGACGGUACGACUGUUGCAAUUUGUAAACUGAAUAUGUCCGAAGAUGGUAUAGGCGCUCAUAGGAAAUGACUAUGUACUUGCACUAGGGUGUAUCACGGAGGGUUGCCCGGAUACCCGCCUGGGUUGACACCCAUGAGUAGUACACAGUGGGUCGGGUGCUAUGGGUAAGUAUGGGUAGGCGGGUACGGGUA